CAAGUAUAGGUUAAGCUGAGGAAGUAAACUGUGGCGAGGACAGAAGUAGCAUAGUGACAGUCUGUAUCGUAGCCGUUGUCACUCUAUAGUCAUCUAAUCAAAUGGCAACCAUCUCUGCUGCUACCACAAGUCCAUCCAUCAGCCGCGCAGGUCUUGCGCAAAAGCGGCCUCUUGGGGUCUCAGCUUCUCCCGUUCUUGGUUUGGCAGCAAUGGGUAAGGUGGGGGGAGUGAGGUGCUCCAUGGAGGGGAAGGAAAACAGGUCAAGCAUGGGAAUGGGGGCCUCUUUGGCAGCAGCUGCCUGGGCUGCAGCGAUGUCAAGCCCAGCCAUGGCCCUGGUGGAUGAGAGACUGAGCACUGAAGGAACCGGGCUUCCCUUUGGUCUCAGCAACAACCUUCUUGGUUGGAUCCUGUUCGGCGUCUUUGGUCUCAUAUGGGCUCUCUAUUUUAUCUACGCUUCCUCUCUUGAUGAGGAUGAAGAGUCUGGAUUGUCCCUUUAAAGGGUGGUUGGGAGAUGAUGGAUUCAUGUAGAAACUGCAAAGACUUGUGUUAAAACAACUUACUUGUCUGCUUUCUUUCAAAUUGCACAUGUUUCUUUAAUUUAAUUCCUAAGCAUCCAUAUUUGAAUAAGAUAACCAGAAGCAAGGUUCGGCUUUUGCCUAUUAUGCUUUUAA